AUGGCCUCGAGCUAUGCGCUGCCUCCUCACGGAAGCCACUACCAGCCGCCUUCACAUGCGCAACACUCCCACCCCCACUCCCGUAGCGACGGCCAUGGCCGCCGACCCGGUCACGCCUACUCCAACUCCCACGACCCAUCGCUACUAUCGCCCAAUGCCACCAGACUGAACGCCCCCGACACACCCUCCUCCUCCUCCUCCUCCUCCUACUUUCCCGCAAGCAAUGGCGGUCUCGUCAAGAAGGCCGUGUCCAACGGCAGCCUCUAUACCCACAGGGAAAGUAGCAGGGAGACGAGCCCGCUUGCUUCGCCGUAUGCCGAAGUUCCCUCUGGCAUUGAUGCCAAUGUCGCGGCGGUGACGGCGAACGGCCACCUUCAUAGCCAUUCACAUGCGGACCACGGCCACCACCACCAUAACCACUCGCAUUCGAAUUUACAACCCCACUCGCACUCGCACGCGCCCUCGAACGGACACACUCACGGGCACAGCCAUUCGCACGACAACCACGAUCAUUCGCAUCUUCAUCCGCCCAUGAAGGGCCGGCCGAGAGGAGAGUCCGAUCUGGGUAGAGCUACGUUCUCACACGCAAGUGAUAUGGAUGGUCGACAAGUGUCCUCAUGGCUCUCUUUCCCAGAGGUCUUGACCAGCCUGCUGAUCCCGCUCCCGUAUCUGUUGGCCUCGGCCGCCUACUGGAAGGGAAGCCACCACGACGAUGGGCUGCCACCUCUCUCGCCGUAUUCGCGCUUGCAAAAGUCGGUUUUGGAAGAGCCGGAAGUCGUCGCGACGCUUUCGUAUGAGAAGGCCGGGAGCAGCUUUGUCGAGGCAUGCACACUUGCCAGUGGGACACUGUUGAUGGUUGGCGUACUCGCAAAGAUACGGUCGUCGGAGCGCAUGUUGGAUCGGAGGAAGGACAAGGUCGAGUCUGCGCCGGACAUGCGCGACCUUGUCGCUCCGGCCUCGAUCAAGAAGAUGGCUGUGCGGGCGCUGGGCGUUGGCCUACCUUUCUACGCAUGCACGCAGAUUGGCGGUCUGCGGACCGGUCUGAUCUCGCUUGUUGCUUUAGCUGCUGGAAUGACCAACACUGGCAUGCUGUCCAAGUCCAGUUGGGGACGUGUGCUCAAAACGAGGGUAGCCUCCAUGUUGAUCAUGCUGCUGGCUGUUGGCCUCGACUUUGCCGGCGUUACCUUCAACGCCCUUACCACUGAUCUCUUCCUCGGAUAUCUGGCAUUGGCUUGCUCCCUCUUCCUGGUACCACUGCCACUGCCAAUGCUCGCCUCGCCAACAAGCUCCUCCGAGUCGAUCCACUCUUCUGACAGUUCGAGCAGAUCGCCGUGGAGCCCACAAGCAGCAUCUUCUCCUCUGGUUUCGUCUAUCAGCGAUGUGAACAUCACUCUCGGAGCGGGAGUCGGAUCGCUGGGGUUGACUAUGUUAUUCUCGGUCAUCCUAUCGACACCUCCCCCAUUCUCGCUCGCGGCGGCCUCCUUCAGCACGUUGGCAAUGGCUUCUUGCGCUGCCGCUAUCCUCUUCGCGCAACCUUAUACUCUCCACAGUCCACAUAGAGCAGGUCUCGGACUCGGCUGUUUCCUCAUCGCAAUAUUUGCAUUUCUCUUCUCGCCUUCUCUCUGGCCCGGGACGAUACUCAACGGUGGCCUUACUUCAUUGUCAUAUUUUGGCGUUUUGUACGAUACUUCAUCAACGGCGGCGCACCAGCAUAACGAACAGCAUCAGCAUGAACACGCCCACAAUGCGCGCUCGCAUUCCCAUUCGGACGGCAAUUACUCUUUCUUCUCGAAGCUGUUGAUAGAUCGCUGCGAGCGGGGCUCGCUUUUGCACGGCGUUUUGAUUGAGAAGGAUUCGAGACGUAUCGCGUACUUCACUUGGUAGGUCAAAUACCAGCAAGGUACGACAACUUCGAAGCUUUGAGCUCUACUGACAGCGUUUGGCAGUCUGAACUUUGGGUUCAUGAUUGUGCAGGGAAUUUACGGCUACCUGAGUGGCUCGCUUGGCCUGCUCAGUGAUACAGUCCACAUGUUCUUUGAUUGUCUGGGCCUGAUUGUUGGCCUUGGCGCCGCUGUUGCUUCGAAAUGGCCGACCAGCCCUGAGAAGCCUUAUGGGUGGGGGAAACUCAAUACACUUGCCGGGUUCGGCAAUGGUAUCUUCCUCAUGCUGGUAUCGGUCGAGUUCGUUUGGGAGGCGGCGGAAGGCAUCGUCGAAGGCAAGGAGCUACGGCACGUCACGGAAUUGUUGGUCGUGAGCACGCUUGGUUUCUUGGUCAAUAUGGUCGGACUUGUUGCCUUUGGCCAUGCUCAUGCUGGACACGAUCAUGGGCAUUCUCAUGGGCAUUCUCAUGAGCCUUCUCAUGGGCAUUCCCAUGGGCACUCGCACGGACAUGAUCACGCUCAUGGACACCAUUCGCACAAUCAUUCCCACGACAGUGAUCACUCGCACUCGCAUACCCCUGUGAAUGGAAGUCUCCAUGAACACCAUGGCCAUUUGCACGCCAGCCACAGUCAUUCGCACGAUCAUCACAAUGAGAACAUGCAUGGGAUCUUCCUCCAUGUGGCGGCUGAUGCUGGCGGCUCUCUAGCGGUCAUCAUCAGUACGGCUGUGAACCUCUGGAAGCCUUGGUAUCUAUGGGACCCGUUAGCGACAAUCAUCAUUGCUGUACUGAUCUUUGCCGCGGCCGUCCCUCUGGUCAUCUCGUCGGGUCAGAAGCUUCUCUUGGUGAUACCGGAUGCGCUCGAGUAUAACAUCAAGAGCACAUUGCAGGAGUUGGGCGAAGUACGAGGAGUUGUGGGAUACGCCGCACCAAGGUUCUGGUUGGAUGGCAGAGAAGAUUCCGGGGACUCGCACGGCCAUGACCAUCACGGCCACGAUCACGAUCACGGACCGUCACAAGGAGGAGACCGAAUCGUCGGGUCUAUUCAUGUCAUCUCCCAUCCAAAUGCAGAUCUGGAUGAUGUGAGGUUCCGCGUCGAUGAGUUCUUCCAUGAUCGAAAAAUGGAUCUCGUUGUGCACGUGGAAAGGGAGGGAGAACAGUGCUGGUGCGGUGGCGGCCCAGCGGCAACACCGCGCAUCACCUAG